GCGGGCCUCAGGCUUCCCGCUCCGCUGACGUGGCGGAAUGACGAAAGUGACGCCGGGGGUCGGCAUGUUCGGGGUUGAAGGAAACCGUGCGCGGAGCACUACGUAGGGGCUAGCUCCCUUCGACCGAGUUGGUGUUCACGCGCCGACUGGUUCUGUCGGAGGACAGUGGGACACUCUUGAAAGGAAGCAAGACGCUGAGCGCUCUCAAGUGGGGACGAUGCUGGUGGUGGAGGUGGAGAACGGCCGGUCGCUGGUGUGGGGGGCCGAGGCGGUGCAGGCGCUGCGGGAGCGCCUGGGAGUGGGGGGCCGCACCGUGGGCGCCCUGCCCCGCGGGCCCCGUCAGAACUCGCGCCUGGGCCUCCCGCUGCUGCUCAUGCCCGAGGAGGCGCGGCUCCUGGCGGAGAUCGGCGCCGUGACCCUGGUCAGCGCCCCGCGCCCCGACCCCAGCCACCACGGCCUGGCUCUGGCAUCGUUCAAACGCCAGCAGGAGAAGAGCUUCCAGGAGCAAAGUGCAUUGGCAACUGAGGCCCGUGAGACCCGGCGUCAGGAGCUCCUGGAGAAGAUCACGGAGGGCCAGGCUGCCAAGAAGCAGAAGCUGGAACAGAAUUCAGGGUCCUGCGAGAGUCAGGAGGCCAGUGGGAGCCAAGUUGCUGAAGGGAAUGAGACUGGUGAUAGCCAGGCUUCUGGGGACCAGAAGGAAGCAGUUUCCUCCUCUCCCCAACCAGGGCUUUCUGAUGGGGUGGGCCUCCUGCCCAGAUCUGCCCUGCUGGUCCAGCUGGCCACUGCCAGACCUCGACCUGUUAAGGCUAAACCUCUGGACUGGCGUGUCCAGUCCAAAGACUGGCCCCAUGCUGGCCGUCCUGCUCAUGAGCUGCGCUACAGGAUCUACAGAGACUUGUGGGAGCGAGGCUUCUUCCUCAGUGCUGCUGGCAAGUUUGGGGGUGACUUCCUGGUCUAUCCUGGUGACCCGCUCCGUUUCCAUGCUCACUACAUUGCUCAGUGCUGGGCUCCUGAUGACCCCAUCCCACUCCAGGACCUGGUUUCUGCCGGCCGCCUUGGAACCAGCGUCAGAAAGACCCUCCUGCUGUGUUCUCCAUACCAUAAUGGUAUGGUGGCCUACACCUCCCUGCAGUGGGCCAGUCUGCAGUGAGCACGAGACCCAGGGGUGUGGCUGAGUAACGGGAACCUCCUGGAUGUCCCCAGGCUCAUCUCCACAUGGAGGCUCAUGCCCUCCUACCUCUCUCUACAGUUAGUCUCUGAUCCCAGGUUUUGAACAUUACAUCUUUUUAGGUUCUUCCUGUUUCAAGGCACUUUUUGGCUGUGUCAGUUUGUAGUUAUCUAUGUCCGAACUGUGAGCUUCUUGAGAGUGGGCCUGUGUUGGUUGGGUCUGUUUUCUACAGGGCUUAGACCCCAGCAGGUCUCAAUAAACUUAUUGAAUAAGA